CAGGGGCUUACUACAGAUGUAGUGUAUGUGUUAUCUGAUCCAUUACAUGCAUGUAAUCUACAUACCUUACACUGCUAACCUUUGGUAGUAAUAUUUACUCCUCCAAAAUCCUGUCUCCGAUGUGUUCACGAGGCUAGCUUCAGAAUUCCAUACCUCCUUUAAUAACAAAUAAUUCAUUUCGAAUACUCGAAUCGCUCUUGAUCGCAAAGCUUUUUGCCAUGGCCAUUGUUCAAGAUUGGCUCCCAGCCAGCCAAGAAAACUACGAGAAAGUCCUAUUUUGGUGGAAAUUUUACCCUCUGUUGGCGUCUUUCCAAUGGAUUACUUCGUGGUAUGGCAUGGGGAAAACCUCAGUUCAGAGCAAGUUCAAUCUCCCCGGACGAAUUGCCUGGGCGACGAUGGAAAUUCCCGGUUUUACCACUCUCUUAUAUAUUAUGAGCACGCUUCCAGCUCAGCACGGCAUUGAGGACCUACCGUGGCAGAACAAAGUCCUUGCUGGCCUCUUCGUUAUUCACUACACAUACCGUGCCGUUAUCUUCCCUAUCAUCCAGCCGUCCAUGUCACCCAUUCACGUGCUUGUUUGGGGUAAUGCCAUCAUCUUCCAACUAUGCAACGCCACCUGCAUAGGCAGCUGGCUAGCAGCAUACGGCCCAACCACCCAGGAAGAAUGGAAAGCCCAGAACUGGUCUGUUCUACAAUUCUCAAUCGGUCUUGUCCUCUUCUACGUUGGACUCGCUGCAAACUAUUUCUCCGACGAGGAAUUACGAGAGAUACGCCGAGGUGAGCUUCGACGCCAAGCAAAAUUGAAGCAGCAGGGCAAAACUGUCGAAAAGCAUUACGAAGUUCCACAGAAUGGGCUGUUCAAGUAUAUGCUUUAUCCCCACUACUUCAUGGAAUGGGUCGAGUGGCUCGGAUACUGGAUCGCCGCCGGCAUCCCCUGCACCCCUGCGAGGUCCUUCUUAAUUAACGAAUUUUUUGCUAUGCUACCCCGCGCUGUGUCUGGUGGGAAGUGGUAUAAGGAAAAGUUCGGCGAUGAUAAAAUUAAGGGGAAAUACGUCAUUAUUCCCGGGAUCUACUAAUGGUGGCGCGCGUUAUUCAACCCAAGGGCCUUCGGUUACUAGUUCCCAACUGUGUUGGUGAUGAAGUUAUGAAAAGGUGAAUUUCCACGACUGGAGAAUCUUUAAUUAUUAGCCUUAUAGCCAGGCUAUAUUUGUCUGUUAUUUUUCUCUGAUGUCCUAGUAAAUCAAUUACCACCUUUUGAUAUAUAUAAUUACGAUGUCAUGUAUCCAACUAUCCCAUCUUAUUUAACAUGGAGUGACCAGGUAAUGGGAAGAAGAGAGUUAUGAACUUUGAAAGCCGGGACUUCUUUCACUCAGAAUCUUCUCUAAGCAUAUAACUAUACAUAUCAUAUAAUGCCUUUGUAAGCGUUCAGGACAGUUUCAAGAAUAUCACGAUAUUUCAAUAUUUAAAAACCCUCUAUCAUUAACAAGAUGUAGCCUCCGAAUUGUUUCUUAGAUUUAUACCCAUAUCAUUUAUAUUAGAUACACUUCCUUGUAUG